AUGUAAUGCGCGACGCACAGCUGCUUCCUAGCACACGCUGAAAACGCAGCCUGUAUCGCAAAUACGUCUUGUACUGUUUAAAGUAAUGGAGGGGAAAGGAUUGAGCUCUGGUGGGAGAAAGGCAGGAAGAAGCGUGGAUCCUGUGAAAGGUUUCGCGAGGUGGAAGAAGAAGUACAUGAAGACAAAAACCCGAGUGAAGCAGCACAAAGCGCAGACCAAGAAGCCGGCGUGGUGCGUGGAGCGGGACGACAUUAACCGGCUGGUGGACAGGUAUGAAAAUAUCAACAUCAAAGACGUUCUCAAGUUCUCGGACUUCCCCAUCUCGAAGAAAACCUUGCUGGGUCUGCAAGAGGCUCAGUUCCGACAGCCCACCGAGAUUCAGAAGCAGACCAUCGGCCUCGCUCUGAGGGGGAGAGACGUCCUCGGUGCGGCCAAGACGGGCUCUGGGAAGACGUUAGCCUUCCUCAUCCCAGUGCUGGAGUGUCUGUACCGCAAUCAAUGGAGCUCCGUGGAUGGCCUCGGGGCCCUCAUUAUAUCGCCUACACGGGAGCUGGCCUAUCAGACCUUUGAAGUCCUCCGAAAAGUGGGAAAGAACCACGAGUUCUCUGCUGGGCUCGUCAUUGGUGGCAAAGACCUCCAGAGCGAAUCAGAGAGGAUCUCCCGCACCAACAUCGUGAUCUGCACCCCGGGACGCUUGCUCCAGCACCUGGACCAGACUGCCUCCUUCCAUGCCAGUAACCUGCUCAUGCUGGUUUUGGACGAGGCAGACCGCAUCCUGGACAUGGGCUUUGCAGACACACUCAACGCCAUAGUGGAGAACCUCCCUAGGACCAGACAGACCCUGCUGUUCUCCGCCACGCAGACAAAGUCUGUGAAAGACUUGGCUCGGCUCAGCCUGAAGGAUCCGGAGUACGUCUGGGUUCACGAGAGGUCAAAGUUCAGCACGCCAGCCACGCUGGAGCAGAGCUACAUGGUGUGUGAGCUUCACCAGAAGGUCAACAUGCUGUUCUCUUUCAUCAGAAGCCACCUUAAAAAAAAGGUUAUGGUGUUCUUUUCCUGUUGCAAAGAGGUCCAGUACCUGUUCCGGGUCUUCUGUCGCCUCAGACCCGGGACACCCAUCUUAGCCCUGCAUGGGAAACAGCCCCAGAUGAAGCGGGUGGAGGUCUACAAUGACUUCCUCAGGAAGCAGAGCGCCGUGCUCUUUGCCACAGACAUAGCCGCUAGAGGCCUGGACUUCCCAGCAGUCCACUGGGUUCUGCAGUUUGACUGUCCUGAGGACUCGGACACCUACAUCCACAGAGUGGGCCGGACCGCCCGAUACAAGGAGGGGGGUCAGGCCCUGCUGCUGCUGCUGCCUUCUGAGGAGACGGCCAUGCUGAAACAGCUUCAGAAGAAGAAGGUUCCCAUCAGCAAGAUCCAGGUGAACCCAGAUAAAGUGCAGAACGUCCAGCAAAAGCUGGAAGCCUUUCUGGCCCAGGAGAAGGAGCAGAAGGAGCGGGCCCAGAGAUGUUUCGUUUCCUACCUGCGCUCAGUCUACCUGAUGAAGAACAAAGAGGUGUUUGAUGUUUUUAAACUCCAGCUACAGGAGUACGCUGUGUCCUUGGGCCUCGCCGUGGCUCCCAGGGUGCGCUUCCUGCUUAAAUCCCAGGCUCAAAAGGCAGAGAGAGAAGGCCAAGAAGAAGGGCCGCAGUCUGAGGAAGAAGAGGAGCUUAGGAGCUUUAAGAGUCAGCUGAAGGGGGACACGUCUCAGGAGGACAGUGACAGCUCAGAGGUCGGUGAAGAUGAGGUUCAGAGCUCUACAGCACUCUUAGGUGCAAAUGACAACAGUGAUGAUGAUGAUGAUGAGCUGCGUGACUUGGACCUGCUGACAGUCAAAAGAAAGGAUGUCUUUAAUCUGACUGGAGACCAGCAGAGUGCAGAGGAAGCCUUUGAGGCCUCCAAGAAAAACACAGGGAAGGAAACAAAAUACAGUGAUGCCAAGAAGGCCCUCAAGAGAAACUUUAAAGUCAACACCAAAGUGACUUUUGGUGAUGAAGGACAGGCUGUGCAGUUGUGGCCUCCGGUGCAGAGAGCAGUGACUGAUGUAGGCCAGGAGGAAGAGGACGAGGAUUCAGGGAUUAAUGUGGAAAAAGCAAAAGAGAGGCUGAAACGUGAGGACCAGGAGUUUGAUAAGCAGGAGUACAGCCGCAAGGUGAAGGCCAAACACCGGGAGCAGAGACUGAAGGCCAGGGCCGCCCGCCAAGAGUCAAAGAAGCAUCGAGAUGAGUCUGAUUCUGAAACGAAGUCCUGGCUUACUUCCAAUCACAGCGACGACGAGUUCGACCCCGCCACGCUACCAGACCCUGAUAAGCUGCUGUCAUCUGAUCAGGAAGAGGAGGAGCAGAUGAAGUCUGCCACGACGACACAAUCCAGCAGACAGAGAAAGAUGGAGAGAAGGAGCUCACAUUGAAGAAAAGGAAGAAAGAGAAGGAACUGGAGGGAAGAGCAUGCUGCUCUGGAUACUGGACUCUCUCUGGCUGAGGAUGAGGAGCUGGUGUUGCAUUUGCUGGGAGGGCGAAGAUGAA